UUGAUCAGUAUGGCUUCAGUAUUCCUUACGGGAUGGCUGUGAUGUACGACUGCUUUGAUCUUGUGUAUUUAGGAUGUUAUAUUUAAUGAUCAUUUAAACGUGAAGAAAUGAAUUCUGUGUUCAGUAUGCUGUUUUUCGAAAGUUGAUAUUCAGCUGCAAAUGCGUGAAACAUAAAAUAUCAAAAUCUCUUGUACAUUGUAUAUUUAUUCAAAAAUAAUACUUAAAUCUGGCUAGACAUGACGAACAUUUGAUAUUAAAUCUUAAUUACUUGGCCAUUUUAAAAUUCAUUUCAUGUCAAAAAUAUGUCAAUUUCAUGUCUACACUUCGGAAUAUGAGUGUAAAUUAAAGUAAUUAUGAAACGUUGAAUCAGAACAUCUAAUACAAAGCAACUGAGAGAGAUUUGCUCUGGUGUUUACAUCAACUAUUUAUCACUUAGAUAAAUGUUGGAAAUGUCUGAAUACCAAUGGGCGUAUUCACUUGUGGAUUCGUCACGAGUAUCAACAUUUCUCAUUUCCAUACUCCUCAUUGUGUAUGGAAGUUUCAGGUCGCUGAACAUGGAACAAGAGGCGAAACAGAAAGAAAAAGAAAGGAAUGGGCAACCUGAUAACACUUCUUUCUUUUUAGAUGUGCAGACAUUGGACACAAUGCAGGCAUUGUGUCUUCCUCUGGGCGCUUCAAUAUCACUACUUGUCAUGUUUUUCUUUUUUGAUUCUAUGCAAAUGCUCUUUGCUAUAUGUACAGCAAUCAUAGCAACAAUAGCAUUAGCGUUUCUUUUAUUGCCAAUGUGUCAAUAUAUCAUCCGACCUUGUUCUGAUGGAAAUAAAAUAUCAUUUGGGAUGUGUGGACGAUUCACUGCAGCUGAAUUGGUCUCAUUUGCCUUGUCAGUUACAAUUGUAUGCAUCUGGGUUCUUACUGGGCAUUGGCUGCUAAUGGAUGCAAUGGGGAUGGGACUAUGUGUUGCCUUUAUUGCUUUUGUGCGGCUACCAAGUCUUAAAGUUUCCACUCUUCUACUUACAGGCCUUUUAAUAUAUGAUGUUUUUUGGGUUUUCUUUUCGUCAUACAUAUUCAAUGCAAAUGUGAUGGUUAAAGUGGCAACAAGACCAGCAGAAAAUCCGGUUGGCAUUGUUGCUAAAAAACUUCAUUUGGGAGGAGUUGUUAGAGAAGCCCCUAAAUUAUCUCUUCCAGGAAAACUAGUUUUCCCCAGCAUGCACAAUAAUGGUCACUUUUCUAUGCUGGGACUUGGUGACAUUGUAAUGCCUGGUCUAUUGUUGUGUUUUGUACUCAGAUAUGAUGCAUAUAAGAAAGCUCAGAUCUGUUCAGCUGAAACUGGAGUUCCUCCACCCAAUCAACUUAAUAAAAUAUCAUAUUUUCAUUGUUCUCUCAUAGGAUACUUUUUAGGUUUACUGACUGCCACCGUAUCAUCAGAAGUAUUCAAAGCAGCUCAACCAGCAUUGUUGUAUCUUGUCCCUUUUACUCUUUUACCUUUGCUCACCAUGGCAUACCUCAAGGGUGAUCUUCGUAGAAUGUGGAGUGAACCUUUUAUAGUAACAAUACCUUCAAAACACCAAGAAGUUUGACGAAUCAUCAGUGGCAGUUGCUUUUUUAUGUCCAAAGUUACUGCUGCUAUAAUAUUCAAUUUUGUAUAGAAAAGUGUUUUCACUACAAAGACAGAAUCUGAAUCCUAAAUAUAUUCAUACCAAUAGUUUUUUUUUUUCUUCUUUGGUGGAGGACUGAAAUUUGUAGAUCAUGGUAUAUUGAUAUAUGUGAUAAAUUAAUAGAAAUUUAAUGCAGGCGAAUUUAUUUAUAAUUUGUAGUAAAAAUACUUAACAUGAUUAUUAUACUAACAAAGUGUUUUUGUUAUAAAUUUUUAUCAAGUUUUUUUUUUUUUGUUGUUGAUAACAAUGUAUAUUUUACAUUAGUGUUGAAUCAAGAUCUUUUAUAUUUUUUACACAUUUAUUUUAUAUCAUAUCCCGAUGAAAAUUUCUUUUGAAAAUAUGUGAUUUAAAUGAUUAUUGAUAUUACUGAAUGCAUGGACCUGUGAUUAAAUCCUAUCAGUUUAUCAUGACCACAUUUGAAAUAUUCAUGACAGGAAUUUGUACAUAUGUAUAUAUGAUAUAUAUCUAUAUAUAUAUCAAGAUUUAUUUAUUUAGCAAUAUAGUGAAUAUUUCUGAUGUAAAUAAAACAUUAUUCAAAUGAAUUAUUCUAUAUCGCAAAACAAAGUUCAAAAUCAUGCAUUUAGUUCAAGAGCUUAAAUUUGCAAUGAUUAGAGAAAAUGUAAUUUUAUGUCUGUUUUAUUUAUCUGUUAAAGGAAAUUGUAGUUCUUUUGAUUGGUUAAUCUUUUAAGAAACUUUUCUUCGCUCAAAGAAUUCAAAAAUACUUUUAUUCUAGAUCUGCUAUUUUUCUUGAAAAUUUUAUCUUGCUCAUUUUUGCUUUUGAUAAUCAAAUCAAUCAUAUUUUAAUAUAUUUAAUGAUGAUGUAUUUUUAUUUCUAUGAAUUAGUAACAAUUGUUUUCUUUGUGAUUAAAAUAGUAUUAAUCUUGAAGUUUUUAACAGCCUGUGUUGAAAUUCUUUAAUUUUUAUUUAUGGCUAUUUCAAACUGUCACAUUUCAAAAACAUCUAUUUUUAAAGCUAAACAGUCAAAAAUUUCUAUACUUUCAGUCAUAAUUUUGCAUUUAGAUGAAAGAUGGCUUAUACUUAAAAUUACUUUUUCUCUAUCAUUUAAAACUUAAAAAGUUAUCAGCAAUGAAAAUUUAGAAUGUAUGCAAUCAAUGAAAAAAAAAAAAAUCAAAAAUGUUUUUCUUCCUAAAAUGAAAUGCAAUAAUUUAUAAGCUUCCUUUUUGAAUCGAUAAUUAAUAUUUUUACUUAACAGAAGAAAAAAAUUAAAGUUAAAAAAAUGGCUUUAUUUACAUAUGUUAUGUAAAGAAAGGUUUGCAUAAUGAAGUACUAUUUAGCUUAUUAAUAAUUUAGAAAAUUAAAACACAUUUGUAUUUGUUAAGAUGAAGAAUUAGAAAUUAACUUUUAGUAUUAAAAAUAAUUGACACAGUUUUAUCGCUAAAUAUAUUUUCUUGGUUUGUGUUUAUUAUUGUAAUUCUGUGUUGGAAUAAGUUGCAGUAUGAACCAAUGGGGAUUUUUGAGAUUAAAAUAAUUGCAAAUACAACAGUCAAAUUUAAUAAUUUAACUUAUUUGCUACUUAUAUUGUUUUUAUACAUAUAUCACUGCCCAUUUUUAUGAUAUGUUUUAAAGUGGUUGUAAGAGAAAUGAGACAUUUUUGUUCUUGUGUUGAAUAUAAACUCAUUUCUCAUUCUUAAUUAUUUUGUAAAACUGUUAUUUGUCUCUAAUGUGUUUUAAGUAGUUAUUUUUAUGACAUACGUAUUAUCACUCCUUACUUAAACAUUUCUCCAAACAACUGGAAAAUACUGCAUUAAACACAUAUUGCUUUCACAUACAAUUAUAUAAUUUGCAAAUGUGUAUGCCAGAUAUUAUACAAUAUCAUUUUAUCAUAGCACAAAUAGAAUUUUUUUAUACAAAUAAAACCAAAUUACUAAGCAUAUUUCAAUGUUUUUAUUCCCCUGUAGCACACACACAUAUAUAUUAUUUAGCCUAAUGAUACUUAUUUUAUGUUUUAUGCACUUAAAAUGCGAUUCAUUUCAAACACAUUCUCAGUUUAUCACCAGAAUGUGUUAUCAUUAAAUCUGUGUAUGCCAAAACUAUUGUAAAAUUUCAUUACUUGAUGAAAUCUUAUAAAUGACUGAGAUCCCAAUACUUUUGUUUUAUUAUCUUUACUAGUUCUGCACACUAUGUGUGUUUUCUUAUACAAGUUAUAGUUUAUUAAAUUGUAUAUACUUCCAGUUUUGAUACUCAACUUUAAGGGAAAAAAAUCAUGUUAUAAAUAAAAUAAUGUCAUUUUUUUCA